GUAUUCUGAAGACAGAAGAACACAAGACAGCAUUUGAGUGUUUCACAGAAAGCACACUUUCCAUUGAGAUUAUAAAAGAUGAUGCUCUACAAAAAAUCUACUUCCGGGUCAAAGAUAAGAAAGUUUUACGAGAAGAGAUCAAGGAUAAAUUUAAAUAUGAGGUUGACAGAACAUCUCCUAGCAACAAGAUUAGAGACUUCAUGGACUGGUCCAGUGAUAUUAUCAAAGACAUCAAGUACCAGAGAAGAGUGUAUGCAAAUCCAGUCGGACGCUUACUAGUCAAUGCAUGGUUACCACUAAACUACAGUAUGAUGUUAAUAACGUUGGCCAUAUCCAUUAUAAUCAUGGUAACUUGGGAAGAGGGGACAACCUCAACUCCAAGAUAUAAGCCUUCCUACAGAUACAACAAUGCUGGUACAGCAAUCUACGUCCUUGGAGCAAUACACAACUUCCUGUCUCUGGGGAUAUUCUUUAGUUAUGUUAUAUCCAACAGACCGACCUUUCCCUCAUUCUCUGAUAUUGUCAGUGUUUGCAAGAGAGGUGAUGAUGAGGAUGAUGAUGAUGACAGAGGGUGGAGUGAGAAGAAAGGGGAGUCCCAUCUAGAAGUCAAGGCAUAUGGUUUCAAAACAAUCUACUAUGUUCUAUUUUUGGGCUGUUCAAUAGCUGGGACAUUUACAGAUGGUUAUUUCUUUGCCUUUCACUUACUGCAUAUAACUGAGAUGAAUCAGCUGUUGAAACGAGUCAUCCAAGCUGUAACCACAAAUGGAAAAUCGUUGAUGUUGGUUGCACUCCUUGGUUUGGCAAUAUUUUACAUAUACUCUCUGGUAUUGUUUGCGUUCUAUAGAGAUUGGAUGUGGUCAAGAGAUGAUGGACGUCAUUGUACGACAAUUUACGAAUGUUUCGUAUCUAUUUUGCAUCAUGGACUAGUGGAAGGUCCCUACACGCAAUUUGAAGGCCAGAUGACAAGUGAUUUUCCACAAGCAAUUGGUAUAACGUUCUUUGAUGUUUCAUUCUUCAUUCUCAUCACGACCAUCGGUCUCAACAUAAUCUUCGGUAUCAUUGUCGAUACCUUCUCUCAACUCAGAGAUUCCAAGUGGGAGAUUGACAAAGACAUGCAGAAUAACUGUUUCAUAUGCAGCAGAGAAAGUUAUGACUUUGAGAGACAAGGCGGGGGUUUUCAGAAACAUGUUAAAAGUGAGCAUUACCAAUGGGCUUAUCUGUUUUUCUUCAUACAUCUUGACGAGACAAGACCUAAUGAUUACUCUGCAUUAGAGCUUUACGUCUACAAACAGCUGAUGACAAACAAUUUUGAUUUUUUCCCGUUGAAUCGUGCUCUCAGUCUGGAGAAUGAGGAAGAUACUAACGAACAAAGAAUGGAACAUCUACAACAACAAAUAGACUAUCUCGUUUCCAAGAUGAAAGAUCAGGAGGCUGAUCAGGUGAGAGAGAAGGAGAAACAACGGCAACAAGAAUGGGAAAGAACCCACAAGAAAAAUGAUAGGACAAAUUAUUAGUAGAUAUAAAACUUUAUAGGGACUUUUACUUCAGAAAAUACUCACAAAAUAUGUGAUAGAGUAAAUAUAAAAAAAUUGAAAAUAUUUUUAUCAUCAUUUAUCUCGAACUUUAUAAAAUAAUGUUCGAAUGGACAAAUUGGACUUUUUCUACAUAAUGUUAACAACAUGUGUUGGUGUUGUAAAAAUGUCUUUGUAAAAAGGAAAACACCAUAUACUACAUAUUUGUUGAAGAAAUAGGGUACUGGAGGAAAUUCUUGUUAAGUAGCGGAGGGAGUGAUAUUUCGGUUAAUUUAAAAAAAAGAUACAAGAGUACUAUUUUUUUCAUAUAUACCACAUUCAUUAGAGUUGUCAUUUAAGAUAGAUAUACAAUCAUAAGGGUUUUGAAUGUGAAUAUAAAGUAUUUAUCAUUUUGGACUAAGCGAUGACUUGUUUUUAAUGAAAUUACUCAGUAAUUUAUUACUGACAUUUGUGUAUGUUAAACGAUCAUACAGUUUGUUACCCCGCAAAUAUAUGUGACAAGCCUUGAAUAAUAUCAGAUUGAGGUAAUGUUUUUUUUAUCAAAAUAACCAAAAUUGAGUUUGGCAUCAGUUCAGGGCUUGGCCAAACUAAAUGGACAUACAUGCGCGCUUCAUACUGCAUCAUGUAUAAUACUUUUGGAAUUCAAUUUUGAUAAACAUUUUAAUCCUGAAAAAGGGUUUAGAUACUUUUUUCAUCAAAUUUCAUUGCUUGGACUGAUUUAUGACAAUCAUAUAUGUGUCGAUCUUAACCUCGUGCAGUAUUAAAUCUUACCCUAAUCUUGGUCCCUCAUUGUUAUGUUGGCCCAUUUACUAUUUGACUCAUCCCAUGUUUUUGGUUAUUUUUUGCAGAGAAAAUCUGUAACCACUAAUUCUAUAUUCUGUACAAUUAUCAUGUUAAACCCUUUACAAUUAUUCUUUGAGUAUUUAAACUAAUUCAUUUUUAUAUUAUUUCUUUGUUCUAAUUUUGAGGUAUGACAAUUUUACAUUUGACCUUGGUAUAUAUUUCUAAAAUAUAACUAUAUUUUGUAAUGCUGCUCAAACCGUCAAAUCAAUGCUAUAUAAAAUGAUAAAGUAAUACCUGCUAGGGCAUUGGUAUUCUACUAUCAUCAAAUUGUUCAUGAUUACAACUACAUGUGUAUGGAUGCUUGAUUGAUUUAAAAUAAACAUAUUAAUUGUCAGUGUGAUAUAUAAAGUUUUCAUAAUUGUUAUUUGCUGUGUUUUGAUUUUAUACCAGUCUGUCAGAAUUUGUGGUGUAUACGAGUAUUUGUAUAAACAGUGUACUCGUAUCAUUUAAUUAUUACAUAAGCGUCCUUCUAUUUUCCAUUUGGAUUAUCUGUUAGUCAAAUUAAACAUAUGUUUGUCAUUACUUAGUCCUUUUUUCUAUUAUUUCUCCUGCAUAAAGUUAUUCUAUUAUUACUUUUGAACGUUUCAUAUUCAAUCAUUCCAGUUUCAGAAUUUUUAGCACCCAACAUUGCAUAGACUUUGGGUCAUUUCGGCUCUUUUUGACCUGUUUCCAUGGAAUUUUGGUAAAAUAUUCUUUCUCUAGAUUCAAAAUAGAAACAUAUUCUCUAUCCUACCUGAUGUUAUCCAAUUUCCCCUCUGACCUGAAUUGAUUUGUGUUUUUAUUUUGACUUAAAUAGAUUUAAUAAGCAACCAUCUGCCUUAUUUCAGU